AUGCCCUGCCCCGGCGCCGGCCCUCCCGGCUUGCUGGCCCUGGUGGCCCCGGGGCUGGCGCUGCUGGCCCACCUCGCCUUCCCCGUCCCCUCGCGGGCCGGCCCGCCGCAGGGCGCCGCCGGUGCCGCGGCGGGCCGCACGCUGGUGCUGCUGGACGUGAGCGCCCGCAGCCCCCUGCGCCUCACCAGCCCCCACUUCCUCUCGCUCCAGCUCGACCCCUCCGUCCUCCACGACGGCUGGCUCGACUUCCUCAGCUCGCGGCGCCUGGUGACCCUGGCGCGGGGCCUGGCGCCCGCCUUCCUCCGCUUCGCCGGCAAGAGGACCGACUUCGUGCAGUUCCAGAACGUGAAGAACCCGGCCAAGAGCCGCGGCGGACCCGGGCCAGACUACUACCUCAAGAACUACGAGGACGAUAUCAUUCGCAGUGAUAUUGCCUUAGACAAGCAGAAAGGCUGCAAGAUCGCCCAGCACCCAGACAUCAUGUUAGAGUUACAGAGGGAAAAAGCAGCUCAGAUGCACCUGGUUCUCCUCAAGGAGCAAUUCUCCAACACCUACACCAAUCUCACGCUAACAGCCAGGUCUCUAGACAAACUCUAUAACUUUGCUGACUGCUCUGGCCUCCACCUCAUCUUUGCAUUGAAUGCUCUGCGUCGGAACCCCAACAAUUCUUGGAACACCUCCAACGCCCUCAGCCUGCUCAAGUACAGUGCUAGCAAGAAAUACAACAUCUCCUGGGAGCUGGGCAAUGAGCCAAAUAAUUAUCGAGCCUUGACAGGGCGAGCUGUGAAUGGCACCCAGUUGGGCAAGGAUUACAUACAGCUGAAGAGUCUGCUGCAGCUGAUCCGCACUUACUCUCGAGCCAGCCUAUACGGACCAAACAUUGGGAGGCCUAGGAAGAAUGUUGUGUCCCUCUUGGAUGGGUUCAUGAAGGUGGCAGGCAAUACGGUGGAUGCUGUUACCUGGCAACAUUACUACCUUGAUGGCCGAGUGGCCAAGGUGACGGACUUCCUGAAAACGCGCCUGUUAGACACACUCUCUGACCAGAUCAGGAAAAUCCAGAAAGUUGUCAAUUCACAUGUGCCGGGAAAAAGGAUUUGGCUGGAAGGCAUCGGGGCCACCUCGGAAGGAGGCACCACCAACCUCUCGGAUUCUUAUGCUGCCAGCUUCUUGUGGCUGAACUCUCUCGGGAUGCUGGCCAGCCAAGGCAUUGAUGUGGUGACGCGUCACUCAUUUUUUGACCACGGGCACAGCCAUCUUGUGGACCAGAACUUCAACCCGUUGCCGGAUUACUGGCUGUCGCUGCUCUACAAACAGCUCGUUGGGCCCCGGGUACUUGCCGUGCAUGUGGCUGGACUGCAACAGAAACCUCACCCCGGAAGGGUAAUUCGUGACAAGUUGCGCAUCUAUGCUCACUGCACCAGCUACCACAACCACAAUUAUGUCCGUGGUUCUAUCACGCUCUACAUCAUCAACCUGCACCGGUCCCGGAAGAAAAUCAAGCUGGUGGGUACCCUUCGAGACAAACUUGUCCACCAAUAUGUGCUGCAGCCCUAUGGUCAGGAAGGGCUGCACUCUAGGUCCAUGCAGCUUAAUGGGCAGCUGCUGACCAUGGUGGACGAUGGAUCCCUGCCUCAUCUGAAGCCCCGUCCUCUUCGUCCCGGCCGGACCCUGGUUAUCCCACCGCUCACCAUGAGUUUCUACGUGGUAAAGAAUGUCAAUGCUCUGGCCUGCCGGUAUCGGUAGCUUCGCCCACUCCAUUGCCAAGAACAGACCUGCUAGGCCUCUCAAGGCACCCCUUUGGCAAAGUGCUGGCUUCUCAGGUAGGUGUGGCAGACAGCACAAGGA